AGUUGAUCAUUUAACCGUUAACUGUGCAGCUAUACACCACAUAGCCACUUAAGCACAGCUUUUCCUUUUUUUUAAUAAACGUGUGCGUUUCCUUGCGUUUACGUGCGGCUCGGACAUAAAAACCUGUACCAAAUUUAAGGAUAUUGUGGAUUACUUUUAAAACAACAACCAGCAGCAGUUGCUUUUAGUUCAAAGGAUUAUUUAAUCAAUUUUUAAGUUUAUUUUUAAACCAAAAAACAAUCAACACUAUGAAGUUGAUGCGAACAGCAUAUCUGCUCGCAGUGGUCCUACUCGUAGCCACCACUUAUGCACAUGCCGAAGAAGAAAAGCAAGCUGCCGGAGCUGAGGAAAAGAAAGUCGAACCGAAACCAGCAGAAGCUGAAAAAUCAGCCGAUGCCAACGAUGAGACCACUAAGACAAAACGUGGCCUACACCACUUCGAAGACUAUCAUCAUCACCAUCAUUAUCCCAUACAUGAGGAGAAAACUUUAACGAUCAUUAAGAAAGUACCCGAACCAUAUCCAGUGGUUAAACAUGUACAUGUACCCGUAGAGAAACAGGUGCAUGUACCCGUUAAGGUGAAAGUGCCCAAACCAUAUCCGGUAGUCAAGCAUGUACCUUAUGAAGUUAAGGAAAUCGUUAAAGUGCCCCAUGAGGUGCCAGCUCCUUAUCCAGUUGAAAAGAAAAUCCCCUAUCCCGUACAUGUGCCCUAUGAUCGUCCAGUGCCCGUUAAGGUUUACGUACCAGCACCAUAUCCAGUAGAGAAGAAAGUACAUGUACCCGUUAAAGUACAUGUGCCCGCUCCUUAUCCAGUCGAAAAGAAGGUGCCUUAUCCCGUUAAAGUACAUGUUCAUGUCGACAAGCCAUAUCCCGUCGAAAAGGUUGUACACUAUCCCGUCAAAGUACCCGUCGAUAAACCAGUACCUUAUCAUGUGGACAAACCAGUGCCCUAUCAUGUUGAAAAACCAGUACCAGUGCCCGUUAUCAAGAAAGUACCCGUUCCAGUGCAUGUGCCUUAUGAUCGUCCAGUGCCUGUACAUGUUGAGAAACCAGUACCCUAUGAAGUUAAGGUGCCCGUACCUGCACCCUAUCCCGUUGUCAAGGAAAUCCCAGUUAAAAUUGAGAAACAUGUACCCUAUCCCGUUAAGGUGCCCGUAGAGAAACCCGUAGCCGUACACAUUGAAAAGCAUGUACCCGAAUACCAUGAGAAACACAUCAGCUACAAAGAACCCGAAUUCCAUUACAAGAAAAUCGAACAUCAUGAACAUCAUGAACCCAUCUCUCAUCAUCAAGAGGAAUAUCAAGGACAUGAAGGACAUGAGGUGGAUCUAAGCCAUCAUUUUUCUCAUUCUUAUCAUGGUCAUUAUUAAGUAAUUUUUAACUAAUAUCAAAAUCUUUUUUUUUUCUCUUUUUUUACUCCCUUUACAGCAUCACAAGUAAACGUCUGAUAUCUCCCACAUUUGCAAAAUAUUUUAUAAAAAAAAAACAAAACAAAGAGAGAGAGAACUUCAGAGAGCGUCAUAUGUGAUUUUGUGAUUGGUAUAUAGAGAGAGACUGAGAGUAUAAAGAAUAAAAGAGACGGACUUAAAAAAAUAGUUAGUGUGAGAGCGAAGGCGAAAAGUGAGAGCGAGUGAGAGAUUGUUAAAUGAAAUUGAUAAAUGCUUACGUUUAAUGGAUUAACGAUGUGAUUAAAUUGAUGUAAAUGUAUGUAAUUAAUUAUAUAAAAAAACUAAGUGAUAAAGGCCUCAAAUUAAUUAACGGAUUUAAGUUAAAUUUAUAUAGAAAAAAAAAGAAAUUUACAAAAAAAAAAUCUAUUAUAUAUUAUAAGUAUAUAAUGUAGACUCUUAACUCAAUUUUGUUCCAUUAAGGGUCUAUUGGCUUAAAUAACACUCUCCUUUUCGUUAAUUGCAACAACCUUUUAAAAACAUUUUAACUUUGAAAUUAACCCCCCCUUACCAUAUAAUAUUAUAAAAAAAAAACGACCGAUAACUAACCAGAACAUGUAACCUAUAUAUAAGUUUUUAUAAUUUUCUAGAUUUUAAGCCAUAAUUGUUUUUCUUUUUUUAUAUAGCAAAUGUUGUAUAUUACUUAUGUAUGUAUUUUUUACUUUUAUAUGAAAAAAACUACAAAAAAAAUAUUAUAAAAAAAAAGAUGUCAACUUGGCACUAAUUUGGCAGAUCAGUUACGUGCAAAAAUGCCCACAACUUCUUCUCUUUUUUAAUGGGCCUCACAACAUCUGGCCACUUAACAGCUCCUCCUCUUCCUCCGUGUUAAAUUUAAAAAAGUUUUGAAAUGGUUAACAUUUUUAACGUAGUUAAUCUCCUUCGUGCCGUCCAGUGUUCAUAAUUGUUUGAAAAAAACCAACAACAACAACACACACUCUAUAUAAUUUAUAAGACUUGUGUAUAAUUUUUAAAAUAAUUUUAAAGAGAUUUAUUUUAAUUGUUUUUUUUUUCCUUUCCCCCCCUCAAAAGGUUAAAAAACAUUUAAAUAAUUUUUAUUUUUUUGUUUAUUAUUUUGUUAAAUAUAUUUUUUUUAGCUUAGUUUAGCUAUUUAUUAGCUUAAUCAUAAUUUUUUAUAUUAUAUUAUUAAAAUGUUUUAUGUAUAGUUCUUUUUUUAUAUAUAAAAAACAAAUUGUAUUAUAAUUAUUGAUCAUCAUCAUUUGUUAAAGCAACUGUACAGAAACACUUGAUAUAUAUAUAUAAAGAAAUUUCUAUUUUACCAAAUAUUUUUUAGUUGUGAAAACAAAAUGAAAAUAACUAGAAGUAUGAAGAAGAUGUAUAAAGAAGAAGGAUGUAUAAUAUUGAAAUAAAUGAUUCAAGUAAUUGAGAUUAAAAAACACAAACGAAAA